GAUAUUUUAUGUAAAUAAAAAAUACGCCACCGCACCCGGCUUGGUGUGAAACUGUGUAUUAACAGCGUUUGGACUCUUCUUGGUCCUGACUUGGAGACAUCAUUUGGGAUUUUUGUCUAGCUUCGUCAUAUUUGUCGCCCUGAGGCUGAGGGAAUAACUAAUUCUGGAAUCUGGAUUAUCAACUUGUAUACAAAAGUUGCAGAAUCUACGGCUGUAAAAGGUGAGCAUUGGCAAGAAAUAUAAAUUGGAGCCUGUGUUGUAUGGAGAAUGUGUUGUUUGGAAUCCAGUAGAUGAGACAACCAUUUAUCAACAUGGAUGGUACUGAGUUCAAAAACUGGUUAUGUCACAUGGAGAAAACAUUUGUUCAAGACCUGAAUAAUGAGCAGCGUUGCUCAGCAUUAGACUGUCUUAUUGCAUCAUCGGGGGAUGUACAACUCCGCCAUUUAUCCACUAGAUUGGAAGGACUCUUGAAAAGGGAUUUUUUGCGACUUUUGCCCAAGGAACUAGCAAACUAUUUGUUGUCUUGGCUUGAUCCUAUAACUCUUGGAAGAUGCUGUCAAGUCAGUCAUCACUGGAACAAAAUGGUGACAGAGUGUACAGAGGCGUGGCAACAGUCUUGCAGGGUCCUUGGAAUCCAAGUUCCAGAGGACCCUGACGAGGGUACCUGCGGGAGUAGAAUCAAGAAUGGACUUCACUGGAAGACAGUCUAUCAAAAGGCUCUCUGGAGGCUGAAACAGCUGAGAGAUGGAUCUGCGUUUGAUAGUACAACUCUACAAGGACACACAGCACGUGUCUACUCCUUGCACUACAGGGAUGGGAAAGUAGCCUCAGGCUCAGAUGAUCUAACUGUCCGUUUAUGGGAUGUUGCCAGCGGUAAAUGCUUGAAGGUUCUUCAGACGCACACUGUAGCUGACAUCAAAUUUGACGAUCUCAAGGUCAUAACUGCAUCUUUUGAUAAUACUAUUGCCUGUUGGGAUCUUAUUAGUGGUGAAAGAUUACAGCAAUUUUCAGGACAUUCAGGGGCAGUUUUUAGUAUAGACUACAGUGACAAGCUGGAUCUUCUAGUUAGUGGCUCUGCAGAUGAAACUGUCAAGCUUUGGAGGCUAAGUGAUGGAAAUCACAUUACAACUCUUAACGGUCAUAGUGACUGGGUUAUACAGGUUUUAAUGCAGAUCUGUAUAGUAGAGUCUGAGAAGGUCCAGUGUGGUGAUCAUGUGAUUCUCACCAUGGAUAAGACUGUUAUCAAGGUAUGGCCUAUAUCAUCAUCGAGGGAAAUUGAAUGUGCUGCAAUGCUGACCUAUCCUAGUGAAGACUCAAGAGGGCAGCUUCUUCUUCCAAGGCUUCAGUUUGAUGGAAAAAUUGUGGCAUGUUCAUCAGAUAUUGGCAUCAUGCUUUGGGACUUUGCCACACUAGACUUGGUCAGGUUGAUAAGUCCACCAGAAUUAGCCCCUACCUAUCAGCUUGGCACUUCCUUCUUGGUUAGCAUGGGGCGUGUCUUCACGCUCAGCUUAGAUCCACAGAAUCUUCACAUUAUAUACACCCAGACACAGUCUAUUAUGUCGUCAUGGAAACUACCCAUCUACAGACGCUCCAAAAGAGGAUCAAACUUUGUAGCUGGUUGUGAUAACUGGUUAUGCGGGUUGAUGCCUCAACAAGAAGAAGGUUUGGUCUUUGCUACCAGCAUGCCAGAUCAUAGCAUACAUCUUGUUAGGUGGAGAACGGUCACAAGAUGACAGUAACAGGUAAAAUUCUUUCAUCGGAACAGUGGGUCCUGAACGUUCGGCCUUGACAGAGAGUUGGGGGGGAUGGGGGAUUGCGCAGACCUGCCAACCAGUACGUUUUAGCCGUAUUUAGUACGAUUUUGCAACCAAAAUACGGCAGUACGAUUUUUCUUUGAAAAAUAUGUUUUUUUUUACUAAAUCGUAAUUUAUUGAAAAAAAUAAUCUCUAUAUGUCUCUAUUUCAUAAAACGUACACAAAUAUGGUUAUUAGAUCAAUGUAAUUUCAGGUAACUUAUUUUUUUUCAAUCAUUUUGUUAAAACCAGAGGUUGGCAGGUCUGCAUAUUGAUCUCACACGGUAAAAAUACUGAUUUUUUUUGGUCAAAAUACUGAUUUGGGGGGAUAAGAAUACUGAAAAUGCAAAAUACAACUUGGCAGCUCUGAUUCUGCAGAUACAGAAGUACAUAGUGACUAGAUUACUUUGGCUGCUUCUUAUUUUACACAGAGAGUUUGGAGUCUAGUCUAGUCUUGGAGUCUUCUUUCAGUGCAUGGUAUAAUUUGUUGGAGUAUCAAAUUUGAAUCUGUGCUGCAGACUGAUGUUAUGAUCAGAACAAUGAUCCGGUGCCAUUAUACAGUUGAAUCUGCCUCAUCAGGCAUCCAUAUAUAUAAAAUGAAUGAUGGGGAAGUUUUGAGACCAUGGCUCCUUCAGAUCAUCUAAAGACUAACAUAUUAUUUACAAUUUGGAUAAUCCAGAGCAUUAAUUUCAAGAAAUUUGGUAGCAUUGAAAAAAAAAAAUCAUAUCUAUGUUCAUACUAGAAUUAAUUGUAUGUUUCAUGAAAAUCUUGAAAUUUGAUUGGCUGAUAAACCAUGUUACCAUGGUACAUGUAGUUGCAAUAGUUACAACGUUACAAUAGUUGUAACCAGGCCCCAGAUGCUACCAACAUUUUGUUUAUCCAUUAGAAGCUAAAAUAAGCCCUCAUUAAUAUUAAUGAAGGCUCAUGAAUUAUGUAUUUUGUACGAUGCUCCCUUGUCAACUGUGGUUUAGUACGUGUAUUAGACGAUACGCACAUCAGCGCAGUGAAAUAGGUCAACUUGGCAAAUUCAUUAAUGUAUUCAUUUUGUUGCGCGCUCGUGACGCGAACAAUUCAGCGAAUCAGCAAGCGCAAAUUUGAGACGAUACGUUGCGUGCUAUAAAGUAUCGAUAUCACAAGCGAUAUCACUUAAAAACAAAGCAUCGUUUGUAUUGCGUCUUUUGGGCAUGUAUUAUUGGUUGUUUUUUUAUUGAGAAUAGGCGCAUGCUUAAAAUGUAAGAUGAAAAGAGUAGAUCAAGUCGUGAUUAGGUAAAUACAUAUGUAGGUCUCCAUCCCAAAAUUUUCAAUGUUAAGAUAUACAGCAAUCUUAGUUUCUAACAAAUAUAAAGAAUCUCGACUCUAAAUAGCCGGCAGAGACCACGGAAAGAACUUGAAGGUGGCGGUUGCACUGACCCAAAAGUUUUGUUUUCUUUUUUGGGGGGCGGGGGGUGGGGGCAGAACAUGCAUAUUACAAUUUGAUGGUAAUUUUCACUGGUUGAGUAUGGUUUAAUACUGAAAAAAAUAACUGUCACCACUAAAAGAGUACAUUUCUUGUUAC